AUGACUUUUGACUUGACAGAAAAUAGACUGAAGGCAUCGAGCAUCGGAGAUUCUAUCGAAAAUCUAGAUAGUGCUUUAACAAUUACAAAAGUCCGGAAGACACCACAGAUCCAUAGUCGAGAUCAGCUGUCUAGACGACCCCCCCUCUCCGCGGGCACCCCUCCGCCCCCCGCGCCGUCUAGACGUCGCUCAGACAUCCCCCUACCUGGCUAA